AUGACCAAUUCCACUGGAAACCAGAGUGAUAUCGAGUAUUUGUUAUCCAUCAGGUCGGUUAGAGAAACAAAUAGCCCCACCUUGAAGGCAUUACUGGAGAAUAAGCUCACCAAUUUUGACGUUGACAUCUCGAGGCUAGAUGAUAUCGUGAAGUAUGUUUCUGAGACUAUCACCUCCAGCUAUCCCACAAAGGAAUCUCUAUUAACCAUCCCUGUUCACGGACGUUAUCAACAUUUCGAAGUCGGCGGCAACCCAAGAUUGACAAAUCUGAUCACUGAGUGGACUAAAUCUGGUCUGACGGAUUAUGAGAUAUGCAAACGUACUUUGGAUCUUUUCGUUGUAAGCGUGUUGAUUGAUGCAGGUGCUGGCAAUGAAUGGAAGUUUGAUGAGAAUGGGACCAUUUUCAACCGAUCCGAAGGAAUUGCUGUUGCAAGCUUUCAUAUGUUUGUUAAUGGAGACUUCAGCAAUGAUCAGUCCUCUCCUUACCAAGUCAAUGGACUCAAAUUGGCCAAUUACUCGCCAGAGCUACUAGAAAAGGGGUUUCAGAUUACCGACAACAACAAAUUAUAUGGUUUCGACGGUAGACUAAACCUUAUUCGCAAAAUUGGUAACAUUCUAGAGUCAAAAAAGGAGAUAUUUGGACAGGAUUCCAGGCCAGGAAAUCUGCUGGAUUAUCUAAUAGCUCUGCCCACUUGUGAAAAAAUCGGUGAGUCCGGAUAUAAGCUGAAUUUAGAGGACUUGUGGACAACACUGAUGAAGGGUCUACAUGACAUCUGGCCUAAAGAUUCAACUCGGACCGUUGUUGAUGGGUUUUCUGUGGGAGAUGCAUGGAAAUUGAAGCUAAACGAUUCUAUUGUCACGUUCCACAAACUCACACAAUGGCUGACAUACUCCUUGCUGCUCCCCUUGCGCAAGUUUGGUCACCUAGAAAUUUACAACACUGAGUUGUUAACAGGUUUACCAGAGUAUCGAAACGGUGGUGUUUUCGUUGACUUGGGGCUACUGACAUUGAAAGAGGAAGCUUUGCAGAAAGGACUGGAGCUAUCGAAGGAGUCAAAGACAGACCAAGGAAUACCUAGUUUCACAGCUAUUGAUGAUGUUAUCGUGGAAUGGAGAUCUUCAACAAUCGUCCUCUUGGAUUACAUACUGCCUCGGGUGAAUGACUAUUUGAAGAUUACUGGAACGGAAUACCAGUUAAUCCUUCCCCAAUUGAUUGAAGCGGGAUCGUGGCCUUCUGGAAGGCGAAUUGCAGCUUCUUUAAGACCCAAAACUAGCGGUCCUCCAAUCAACUUGAUUAGUGACGGUACUGUGUUUUAA